AUGGCCAAUGAGGAUGCACAGAGCAGCAAUAAGGGCAUGAUCAUGGAACUUAUCGCUAUAAAGAAAAACAUACUUUCGAAAAUGUCGAAUAAGCUUGAAGAGGUGUUUAGCCAGGUGCCUUCAGAUGUCAGAAAACUGCCUCUGCUCUUGUUGAUGCAAGCACUAGAAAAGAAUUACAUAGGCGACUCAAUAAUAAUCAAGAAAAACGUAAAAGACAAAAAACAUUCCACAUCCAGAAACAUAACAAAGCGGCCUUCAGUAAUGCUACAAGUCGAGGAUCAAUCGUUUGUGUUUGACGGGUGCGCCUUGAGAAUGGUUGGCAUGGGAAACGGCGAAGAAGAAUAUAAAGGCAUGGUUGAUGAAAUCAAUAACAUACUCAAAAAACACAUGAGCAAAACAGCAUGA